AUGUUCCCAGACAUUGCCAAAGAUAUCUGGCAGCUUACUCCUUCGCAGAACAGCACGUUUGACCAGCUCGACCACGACUUCAGGCAUGGCAGGAAUUCGUUGAUGCUCCUGCAUGCGAUUCCGCGGAAGCUGCUGAGGUCUCUGAUCCAGGGCACCCUAGCAUUUGACACUGUGAACUCACGAGACGCGAGUUGCUACCCGGCAAAAAGACAGGGCAUCUAUGCCAUUGACGUAUACAUUGAAAAUCGAGGUGGGAAGUUCCUCGGUUACGACGAGAUAACCCGCGUCAUCACCGAAUUGAAGGAUUAUAUCAAGGCAUACAGGAUCAACUUGCGAACUCUACAUGGUCAGCAGGCUGAAAUUGCUGAGAGGAUGCUCUUCAAGAAGGCAUAUGCCUUUUAUGAUGCAUUUGGGACCUCGGCGACCAACAAGACACGUCUGAUUAGCAACUCUGCCGACUUUGUGCAUCAGAUCCAAGGCAUGCAGUAUGUCGGAUGCUCCGGUGACCUUGGUACCCGGGUGCCCGUUUACGCGGCCAACAAUGCCCUUGGAGGCAAGCGCACACUGGACCCGACCUCGAUCAAUACGCCGUUGAUACUUCUUCUUUCGGCCAUCAAGGCUUCUGGGCUGGUGCCCAAGACGGUGUCGAGAGAUGGCUUGAACGUGGCCGAAGGCGGCGGGCAAAGGGGCAAAGACGGGACCUCAACCAUGCGUCACAUGGAAUUCGAAGUGUUGUGUGUGCGGCCCUAUUUCAGCACAAACAUUCAGCUUUCCCUCGCCGACCUUGAGCAGAGACGCGUGUUUCCGGACAACCUCAAGGCGAUUGACAGCGCUAGGGGGGAUAUUGUGAAGCUAUUUCGUGAAUACGACGAGCACAAGCUUACGCUGGACAGACUGCUUCAGCAGUGGGAGACCGAGCUGAAGAAGGUCAUGAAGAGCAAGACGGACAGUCUGCGAUUGCAGCACACUGCGGUCACUGCCGAAGAGCUUCAAUGGCAGAGGCUCGACGAUAUCACAAUGAGGGUGUGUCUACGCCUGGGGAUACAAGACGAAGAAAUCGAAGACGUCGAAGAAGUUGAGGGUGAAGAUGAAGGGGCCAUAAUCGUGGACUAG